AUUAAAAAAAGGAGUGUGCAAAGACCAAAGAUGUCUUUAUGGCGGAGACUGGUAUAUAUUCCCCAAUUCCCACCAACAAAUCCUGACCGUUCAAUUCUCAACCUCACAAUAAAACCACAGAUCUCAUACUCAAAGCAAACCCUCUCUCCCUUUUCCUCCAUACUCGAACAAGCCAACAAACUCUUCUUCUCGCCGCGCUUUAUCAUCGUUCAAUUUUGACUAAAUUAAGCGAUCGAAGAUGUUUGGGAGGGCACCGAAAAAGAGCGACAACACGAAGUACUAUGAAAUCUUAGGUGUUCCUAAAACUGCUGCACAAGAAGAUCUCAAGAAAGCUUACCGUAAAGCUGCUAUUAAGAAUCAUCCUGAUAAGGGAGGUGAUCCUGAAAAGUUUAAAGAGCUUGCACAAGCUUAUGAGGUUCUGAGUGAUCCCGAGAAGCGUGAGAUAUAUGAUCAGUAUGGAGAAGAUGCUCUCAAGGAAGGAAUGGGCGGUGGAGGUGGUGGACACGACCCAUUUGAUAUUUUCUCAUCUUUCUUUGGUGGCAGCCCAUUUGGUGGAGGUGGUGGAAGCAGCAGAGGAAGAAGACAAAGAAGAGGAGAGGAUGUUGUCCACCCUCUCAAAGUUUCUCUGGAGGAUCUGUACAAUGGAACAUCAAAGAAGCUUUCACUAUCUCGCAAUGUAUUGUGCCCGAAGUGCAAGGGGAAAGGAUCUAAAUCAGGUGCUUCAAUGAAGUGUUCUGGCUGUCAAGGGUCUGGAAUGAAAGUCACUAUUAGACAACUUGGCCCAUCCAUGAUCCAGCAGAUGCAGCACCCUUGCAACGAGUGUAAGGGUACUGGUGAGAUGAUCAAUGAUAAAGAUAGGUGUGGGCAGUGUAAAGGUGAGAAGGUUGUGCAGGAGAAGAAGGUGUUGGAAGUUGUUGUCGAGAAGGGUAUGCAGAAUGGACAGAAGAUCACAUUCCCGGGCGAGGCUGAUGAAGCACCUGAUACCGUCACUGGGGACAUAGUUUUUGUCUUGCAACAGAAGGAACAUCCCAAGUUUAAGCGGAAGGGAGAUGAUCUCUUUGUAGAGCACACCUUGAGCUUAACCGAGGCCCUGUGUGGUUUCCAGUUCAUCUUGACUCACCUAGAUACCAGGCAGCUGAUCAUCAAGUCCCAACCCGGAGAAGUUGUCAAACCUGAUCAAUUUAAGGCCAUAAAUGAUGAAGGAAUGCCGAUGUACCAAAGGCCAUUUAUGAGAGGAAAACUAUACAUUCACUUCACCGUAGAAUUCCCCGACACAUUAUCCCUCGAGCAAUGCAAGAACCUUGAAGCAGUAUUGCCACCAAAACCCAAAACCCAAAUGACUGAUAUGGAAUUGGACGAGUGCGAGGAGACCACGUUACAUGAUGUUAACAUCGAAGAGGAGAUGCGUAGGAAGCAGCAACAGGCCCAAGAGGCAUACGACGAAGACGAUGAAGACAUGCAUGGUGGUGCACAGAGAGUUCAAUGUGCACAACAGUAAUUUGGUAACACGGAAUUAACGUCACGAUUCAACUCUUGUUUUCACGUAUUUGUAAUGACAUUACUAGCUUAUAAAUUUCGAGUUUUGAAUUUGCUAAUCUAUACUGUUAACGUUACAAACAUAUUAUUGAAAUAUUUUGUCGAAGAAUUGAUAUAAAGAGGAAAUAAAUUGGUGUGCUUUGUCUUGUGA